AUGACUAUCCCCGAUGCCUCCAACAACAAUCAUGAAUUGUCUUCAGAUGGCGAUGACGAUGUCCCCCUAUCUCAAACUUUGAGGAAAAGAAAGAUAGAAUCCACAAACUCUGCUUCCUCCCAGAGCGAUGCGGAUCCUUAUGACAGUGAUGAGGCAAUCUCUAAAAUUUCCAUGAAGAAGACCAAAAAAAAGAUAAAAACUGAACCGUUGCCAUCGUUGCCAUCACCACUGCCUCAAAAAAGGAAAACUGCUACACCAAAACCCAAAAAGAUUAAGAAGGAAGAUGGCGAUGUCAAGGUAAAGACGACUAAAAGAGGAGGAGGAGAAAAAAAGAAAAAGAAAAAGAAGAAGCAGGAAAAAGAGGAAGAGGAAGAGGAAGAGGAAGACCAGACAGCAAAGGAUGAGGAGGAAGAAUAUAAAUGGUGGGAAAAGGAAAACGAGGACGACACCAUAAAAUGGGUCACGCUGAAACAUAACGGUGUCAUAUUUCCUCCACCAUAUCAACCCUUACCAUCUCACAUCAAAUUAUACUAUGAUGGGAAACCAGUAGACUUGCCUCCACAAGCUGAAGAGGUAGCCGGAUUCUUUGCUGCCUUAUUGGAAAGUGAUCACGCCAAGAAUCCCGUUUUCCAAAAGAACUUCUUCAACGAUUUCUUACAAGUUUUGAAAGAAAGUGGUGGCUCUCUCAAUGAUAUUGAAAUUAAAGAGUUUUCUAGUUGUGAUUUCAGCAAGAUGUUCGACUAUUUCCAAUUACAAAAGGAUCAGAAAAAGCAACUGACCUCUCAAGAAAAGAAACAGAUCCGUUUGGAAAGGGAGAAGUUCGAGGAAGAUUAUAAAUUUUGUGAGUUGGAUGGUAGAAAGGAACAGGUAGGGAAUUUCAAAGUAGAACCUCCUGAUUUGUUCAGGGGCCGUGGGGCUCACCCAAAAACCGGUAAAUUGAAAAGAAGAGUAAAUCCAGAAGAUAUCGUUUUGAACCUGAGUAAAGAUGCAGCUGUUCCGCCCGCUCCAGAGGGGCACAAAUGGGGCGAAAUCAGACACGACAACACUGUUCAAUGGCUAGCCAUGUGGAGAGAAAACAUUUUCAACUCAUUCAAAUAUGUCAGGUUGGCAGCAAACUCAUCAUUAAAGGGUCAAAGUGACUAUAAGAAAUUUGAAAAGGCAAGACAAUUAAAAUCUUAUAUCAAUGCUAUUAGAAGAGACUACACGAGAAAUUUGAAAAGCAAAGUUAUGCUAGAGCGCCAAAAAGCCGUUGCUAUUUAUUUGAUCGACGUCUUUGCCCUAAGAGCUGGUGGUGAAAAAUCCGACGAUGAGGCAGAUACGGUGGGUUGUUGUUCAUUAAGAUAUGAACACGUCACAUUGAAACCUCCAAAUACUGUCAUUUUUGAUUUCCUGGGUAAGGAUUCCAUUAGAUUUUAUCAGGAAGUGGAAGUGGAUAAGCAAGUUUUCAAAAAUCUGACAAUCUUCAAAAGACCGCCGAAGCAACCGGGUCACCAAUUGUUUGAUCGUUUGGACCCAUCUAUACUGAACAAGUAUCUUCAAAACUAUAUGCCAGGAUUGACUGCCAAAGUUUUCCGUACGUAUAAUGCUUCCAAAACCAUGCAAGAUCAAUUAGACUUAAUUCCGAACAGUGGUUCAGUCGCAGAGAAGUUACUGAAAUACAAUGCAGCCAAUAGAACCGUGGCUAUCUUAUGUAACCAUCAAAGGACAGUGACGAAGGGACACGCACAAACAGUGGAAAAAGCCAAUAACAGGAUACAAGAGUUGGAAUGGCAAAAGAUUCGUUGCAAGCGAGCCAUUUUACAAUUGGACAAGGAUCUCUUAAAGAAGGAACCAAAAUAUUUCGGAGAAAUCGGUGAUUUAACGAAAGAAGAUGAAGCCACCAUCCAUAAAAGAAUUAUUGACAGAGAAAUUGAAAAAUAUCAGCGUAAAUUUGUUAGAGAAAAUGAUAAGAGAAAAUUUGAAAAGGAAGAAUUGUUGCCUGAAAGCCAGUUGAAGGAAUGGCUAGAAAAAGUCGACGAAAAGAAAGAGGAAUUCGAAAAGGAGUUGGAAUCUGGUGAGGUUGAACUCAAGUCGGCUUGGAAUUCAGUGGAAAAAAUAAAGGCACAAGUAGAGAAAUUGGAACAACGUAUUCAAACAAGUUCCAUUCAAUUGAAGGAUAAAGAGGAGAACUCUCAGGUUUCUUUGGGUACCUCCAAAAUUAACUAUAUUGACCCUAGGCUCUCUGUAGUAUUUUGCAAAAAAUACGAUGUUCCCAUCGAAAAAAUUUUUACGAAGACUCUAAGGGAGAAGUUCAAAUGGGCCAUAGAAUCGGUAGAUGAAAAUUGGAGGUUUUAA